AAAAACGCCCCGAGAACCGAAGAUACCGACUCCCCAUCGUAAAGAGGCGUCCGCGUGCAACACACCUACACCGGGUGAAACAACGCGGCUGACACACUGUGAUACCACCAAAACGUGGUUCUCAUCAAGGAAGAAUGAAGGCAGAGGACAAAUGACCAACCGAUCGGUUUGUGUAUAGUGACGAAAAACUGAAAGGGGCAACGGCAGUUGGAGUGGCUUGCGUGUAUAAAUGUGGCUUUGUUUUGUGUUGCGUCGUUUUUUGGGGUGGGGGAGAGGCGGUGGGAGGCUGUUUGCACCUUGAGAUGGGAAUGUACAAGGUAGGUAUGGAAAAGUGGUGUGGAGGGGUGAGAGUGAGAAACGUGGGGUACAGUAGUUGAUACGACCCUAUCUUAGAGUAACAUGGGAACUUGGACAUUCACAUGUAGUGCAGGGAAUGGAGGAUUUUGUCAGAUGAUCGUUCGCCACCGUUUGAUUUCUCGUAGGUGGGUUUGGAACCUAAAUAGCAUGGCAAAGAGAAAGAUUUGGCUUAGAUGGAGGUAGGUUACUCAAGUACUACUGGUACCAUACCUUCUUGGUAGAUCUGACAUUUAAGGUUAUCCUGAAGGAUCGGUCCUCUUCCCAGCCGUAGUUCCAGAGGGGAAAGCUGGUACGCAUAUUUUGACAACCGCGCUAAACGACGACGAGCGGUGAAAUGUUCGGGACCAUCUGGUUUGCAUUAAUCAGAUUGUCUUGAUAGCAAUACUGGUUUUCGGAAUUCUACCUCGGAAUUUGGAAAUCCGAAGAGGCCGUGAUGGUCCUUAUCGGGUGAUGGAUGUCCUCAAUAUCUGGAAUCCAGAACGGCCCAAACAAGACACCUCCCUUGAGAAAGAAAGGGGACCUCGAAGCCAGCUUCCACACCCCCACUUCUUGACGAGCUCAUCGGAUGCGAGUCGUGCGUGACCAACUGCGUGUCAUGCUUACAGAAUGUUUCUCUUUCCAUGAGGAGGGAUGAUAAGAGGGAGUUCAGCACACAGAGCAAGUGCUGGAAAUCGCUUGAAAGCUACACUCAUCUGCAUGCCAUGGUAUGUUCGUAUCGAUGUAUCUUUCCAAGGUGCGGGUGAUUCGUUGAAUCACUUUCCGCAUCACGAGGCAUUGUGUCUCUUCGGUCAGUCAGAACUGCUGUUGCCCUUGCUUCGAGGCGUUGUGGGGAAGCGUGGGUGGGUGAUCCAGCUUGGAUACUCGAGUCGUCCGUAUCUUGAAGGAAAAAGACCAACUUUCAACAAUCCAACGUCCGAGUUGUAUCGUCACAAUCUCUUCUUUCUAUCUGAUCCGGGUCCCCGGUUUGCAUACCCUAAACGCGAGAAGCGCGUAAGUUGAUCGUGGAUUGGCCAAAUUGCCGCAAUUCUGCAAGUUGGUGCUGGCAGUGUCGCUGGUGGUUGCACUUGCGCCGGCUCUUCAGGCUUGUGGUCCCCUAAUCCAGUAGAAGAAUCGCUCUCGGCAGGGUUGCGCCAUUGUGUAUGAAGCUCUCGCCCAUCAGACUGGCUGUGUCGACACCGCUCGCAGUCAGACACCGGUGAACGGUAUCGUGAGGAUAUACUUGAAUAUACUUUCGCAACCAAGUAGCGCUGUGAGCAAAUCUAGCGAAGUUGGUCACAGAGUAGUCGUUUGAGUGGUGGUGGUGGUGGUCGGCCUUUGGUGUGAAUUUUUGCGGUGGACGCUGAAGACCUGAAGACCAAUCACUAGCGCCGACCCACUAGCGUGCUCAGCCUGCCCUCACCCAACUGGGCAGCCACGGCAGCUCCAGGCGAGGCCGCCUCGAGAGCUCGGCCUAUUCUUGUCUACAGUAGCUCCUCUAAACUUUGCAACCAUCACCACAUACACCUCCUCCAACAACCUCCUACAAGUGCAUCUUUGGCACAAAGGAUCCUUCGCUCUCCCCAACAUUGGUUACCUCUACCUCUUCACCCUCUCCACAUCCUCUUGCCAUCGACCGCCGACUCCAUUCGCACCACCAAUCCUACAAGCGACAAGAUCAGUCGUCCCCCACUUCGAGGCGGGGUCGGUCGCGAUACUCGAGCACUGCACCGCUACUACCAAACCUAACGACCUAACGUUGCUUUGAUUUGCACUACACCUUGGAGCUGUCUGAGGUCAUUCGCAGAUUAUGCUCGGUCAAGGCCCGCCGAUGCCUUCAGAGUAUCGCCAUAUGAGCAGCGGUUCUUUGAAUAUUCCUCCGCCAACUCCGAUUAACAGCAGCAGCAACGCAGGACCCCCACCACCAGUCGGCGGUAUGGGAAGAUUUGAGGGCCCAACGAGUCCACCAGGACGACAAAGUCAGUCGGACCCAUGCCAUAGCUCUCACCAGAUCAUAUGUAAGAGCCUCAUGCUAACCAUUGACCGAUUGCAGAUACUUCGCAUGUUCCAUGCAAAUUCUUUCGUCAAGGCAUGUGCCAGGCUGGUUCUGCUUGUCCAUUCAGCCACGACCUCGCAAGUACUAACGAUAACGUAUGCAAAUAUUUUGCAAAGGUGAGUUCCGUACCUAAACCCAAUUCCAACCAGUCACGUCAUCCAGCCAAGCUUGAUUAACUUUCUGCUUUAGGGCAACUGUAAAUUCGGUCCGAAAUGCGCCAAUGUACAUGUUCUCCCUGAUGGCCGCCGAGUCAACUACAAACCAGGAGGCCCUAUGGGCGCAGGGCAUUUAAAUUUGGGAGGACGUCUAAACACCGACUUAUACCAUCCGCAAAACUCUGGAUCAGCUCUCACAAACUCGUUCAAUCGUGCCAAUAAUAACGCCAUCCAUCCACCUCCAUUUGCUCAACAAUAUUCACCAUUGACAUUCACAAAUCAAGAAGAGAAUUUUCCACCACCAGGAGGUCGUCAGCAAAGCAUUGAUAUCAACGUCCCAACCAUUGAUACCACCUACACUUCUCACCCAACCUCUAAUUAUGGUUCCCCCAGAGACGAAGACAUUUCACGUUUUGGACAUGGGCUAUCUCCAGUAGCCGCUGCUAAAGGCCUCAGUGUUUUGGAUGCGCCUCUUCCAGCUUCCUUUGAUAGUAAUGGCGUAUCGUGGAUUGCCAGACAUGGACCAAUUGCAUCUUCAGUCCCAGCUAAGUUUGGUAUUGAUUCUCCACCAUCAUCAGUUGGAGCGGCCAAGGAUGGAAGAACCUCUGAUGCAUUAAAGAGCUUGCAUAGUUCCGCUUUUGGAGAGGAUACCAAAGACCGAUUCAAUGGAAUGGCAGCGUCCCCACCCGCUCCUAUUGGAGAUGAAUACUUUGGAAAGAGAUUGAUGCAUUCGCAAAGAUUUUCAAAGCCAAAAGUCAUGUCUUCAAGUUUGCCAAAGGCUGUGGACCAGGAUUGGGAAUCUUCUUUCACAUUUGAGGAGGAUUAUCUACCAGAAACUUUGAGAGAUCUCAUGACACCUCAAGAAAAGGCUCGUAGAGGAUCUCGUUGCAACACAGAUGAUGAUGGUCGACCAAUUAUCAGUGGAACUGGAACCCCAAACAAUGAUACCCCAUCAAAGUUUGGCUCUCCAUCUAACGCUAGUCCAUCCAGAUGGGGACCUCUAUUUCAACGCCAACAGAAAGAAGAGGAGGAACGUGCAGCAGCUUCCCGUGCAUCUGCCUUUGGACAUGUUGGUUCUCCACUGCGAAACUCAACACUUCACCCUGAUGCAAGCCCCCGCCUGCGACCACUGGGAAGAGCACCUUCUUCGAGCGAUACAUUUUCUUCUCUUGCUUCCCCACCUCGCCAAAGUCCCAUGUCUUUGAUCUCACGAGGUCUUCAACGAACUCGCCUAUCGAGAGCCGAAUCGACCGGUAGCGAAACAGGUCUUCAUCCUCGUGUUGCCAGCAUUCCUAUGGGAUCUGCCUCGAGAGCUGGCCUGACUAGUGAGAGACAACUCAGUUCUGGUAGCAUUGGCAAUGGAGGAAGUGGUAGAUUUACGACCCCAAUUGAUGAGGAGCAAAGUGACUUUGUUUUUAGCAUGGACGGCAUGGAAGACGUUGAUGAAAAGAGGGGCGAGAAGAGAAACAGUGGUGGUUGGACCUAUGCCAACAGUACCAAGAGCCCACAUCUUGGAGCGAUCGGAGCAACAGCUCGAAAUGGUAACUCGACAAAUGGUGGUGGUGGAUUGGAUGCUAUGUUUGGUACUCGAUGAGCCUGACACCAUUAGCACUACCUGCUCCUACUCAAACCCAAGAACAUGGCAAAUUUGACAAAUUGAGAGCUGUCCAGUAACACAGGCAACAGCAUUACCGAUUUCACCAGAUGCACGCCACAACUUUCGAAACAACCGCUUUCCGAUAUUUGUAAAAACACAACCGCUCCACGAUUAGCCCCAUAAUCAAGGACAACCUCUCUCAAUUCUCAGGUUCUCAUUUCAAUAGUUUAUUCCACGCCAAGACUUUUAUGAACACCACUACCAUUCGGGUAUUCGAGGGCCAACGAUCAACGCUCCAUCUCUUUCCGAUACUUGCACCACCCUUUGUAAAAUAGACCGAAAUACCCCGAUACAUUUCAACCCGGAUCAUCCAUAAAACCAGGCUGCAGAACAUAACCUUGGCGAAAUAUACUUAGGUUGGAUCUGGGAUUCAGCUUUUGAUCUUCUCUUCUUGUUACUAAAAGAACUAUCUUUUACCGGCGUUUUGAUGGGAAAGAUGCGAAAUAUGGGAUGGAUGGGCUGAAGAUCUUGAUUUUCUUUUUGACUUGGCGUUUUUCUCUACUUUUCUUGUCUUUCAUUUGUUUUCUUUUUCUUCUUUUUCUUUCCUUCUAUCUUCCUUCUGAACAAAGCGAAAUGGAAUUGGCAUAAUAGGACCUCUAUUUGAGAGACAUUGCAUAAAGUCAAAGAUACGCAUAUCGUUUGGUUUUGGGAUGAGGUUGCAUGAUAGUACACGAAAUGGACCCGAUCGUCAAUGGAUAAUGACAAGCAUCUUGAGUAUGGGAGAUGAAUGCAUGAUGCAUGGGGUGGAGUGGGAGGAGAUGUGUAGGUAGGUAGAUAGUCAGAUGAGGAUAAUGAGAAUGCAUAUAGUGAAUUGUA